CUUGACGAAGUCCUCGCAUUCAUAUAUAUCGGAUCUUGCAAACCUAUAGGUAAAGAAUUUGCCAGGACACCAUUUUUAGUAAGGCGUAACAAGGUUACUAAAGCAUUGGAGUGGUUAAAGCUAAACCACGAAGAUUACAUGAACUUAAACAUCUCAUAUGAGAAUCUCAAUGCCUACUCAGAGAAUGUUCCUCCUGUGAUCAUAGACUAUCAUGAUGGAUAUAUGAACAAGGCUCCAGAAGCUACUGCGGUUAACAAUGUGAAUCUGGAUAAAGGUAUCGUGAAAGGUUCCUGUCCAUUCACCGUUCACAGGCUCACUGGAGAUGCCUACGUCAACCUCUUGGCAGAUGAUUAUCAAUCAAUAAGGGCAAAGGCUAUUCAUCAGUUCAAAAAGAGCAAGAUUCUGGGUGUUGGUCAAGAACAAAAUCCUCAAAGCUUAUAUCAUAACUCUCAACUGUAUCCUCAAAUGUUUCCCUGGCUAUUUCUAUAUGGCUUGAGAGGCCUAAACAAUGAUUGUGGAUCAAAAUGGGUGUCCGAGUCCAAAAGAAAGCAACAGUUGCUUAUGUAUCAUGAUAAGUGUUUUCAACUGGAACCUUAUUUUCCUCUCAUCACCUACAACUACGAACAGAUUAAAAAUGCGACCAUCACCGGGUUUUUGCUCAUCAAAAAACAAAAUUUUCAUGAGAUUGCGAACAAAAUCGUCAACUUGCCUUUGUCCACUCUGGAAAGUCUGAUAACCUGA